GCGGGUCCUGGAAGCUGCCCGACAGGCCAACCUGACAGGCCACUUCCUGUGGGUUGGCUCAGACAGCUGGGGGGCCAAGACCUCACCCAUUCUGAAUGUCGAGGAUGUGGCUGUGGGUGCCAUCACCAUCCUUCCUAAGCGGGCUUCCAUUGACGGAUUCGACCAGUACUUCACCACCCGCUCUCUGGAGAACAACCGAAGGAACAUUUGGUUUGCCGAGUUCUGGGAGGACAAUUUUAACUGCAAGCUGACGACGAGCACGGCGGGCCUGGGUGCCCAGUCCGACGAAGCUCCCCGGAAGUGCACAGGCGAAGAGAGGAUUGGGCGAGACUCGGCCUACAAGCAGGAGGGCAAGGUGCAGUUUGUGAUCGAUGCGGUCUAUGCCAUCGCCCACGCCCUCCACAGCAUGCACCAAGCUUUGUGUCCGGGCCACACUGGGCUUUGUCCUGCCAUGAGCCCCACCAAUGGACGCAUGCUCCUGCAGUAUAUCCGAGCUGUUCACUUCAAUGGCAGUGCCGGGACCCCCGUGAUGUUCAACGAGAAUGGGGAUGCUCCUGGGCGCUACGACAUCUUCCAGUAUCAAGUGACAAACGGCAGCGGCAGUUACCGCGCUGUGGGCCAGUGGACUGAAUCCCUGAAGCUCAGCGUACAAGACCUGGAGUGGUCGGGCAGUCCCUUGUUGCCCCCAGCUUCCCUGUGCAGCCUCCCAUGUGGGCCCGGGGAGCGCAAGAAGAUGGUGAAAGGCGUCCCUUGCUGUUGGCACUGCGAACCUUGCGAUGGCUACCGCUACCAGGUGGAUGAAUUCACAUGCGAGGCCUGCCCGCUGGGAGCCAGGCCGACACUGAAUCAUACUGCCUGUCGCCCCACACCUGUCAUCCGCCUCGACUGGGCCUCCCCCUGGGCCAUCCUGCCUCUCCUGCUGGCCGUGGCAGGCAUCAUAGCCACUGCCACCGUGCUGGCCACCUUUAUACGGCACCACAAUACCCCCAUUGUCCGGGCCUCAGGCAGAGAGCUCAGCUACAUCCUCCUCACAGGCAUCUUCCUCAUUUAUGCCAUCACCUUCCUCAUGGUGGCCGAGCCAGGAUCCGCCAUCUGUGCUGCCCGCCGCCUUCUCCUCGGCCUGGGCACUGCCCUGAGCUACUCUGCCCUGCUCACCAAGACCAACCGCAUCUACCGCAUCUUCGAGCGUGGCAAGAGGUCUGUCACUCCGCCACCCUUCAUCAGCCCCACCUCCCAGCUCGUCAUCACCUUCAGCCUCACUUCCGUGCAGGUUAUAGGUGUGGUGGCCUGGCUGGGUUUCCAGCCACCCCACAGCGUCAUUGAUUAUGAAGAGCAGCGCACGCCAGACCCAGAGCAAGCGCGGGGCGUCCUGAAGUGUGACAUGUCCGACCUCUCUCUCAUUGGCUGCCUCGGCUACAGCCUGCUCCUGAUGGUAACCUGCACCGUCUACGCCAUUAAAGCUCGAGGAGUUCCCGAGACGUUCAACGAGGCCAAGCCCAUCGGCUUCACCAUGUACACCACCUGCAUCGUGUGGCUGGCUUUUGUCCCCAUUUUUUUUGGCACAGCCCAGUCUGCUGAGAAGAUCUACAUCCAGACUACAACACUGACUGUGUCGAUGAGUCUCAGUGCCUCUGUCUCCCUGGGGAUGCUCUACGUGCCCAAGGUGUACAUCAUCAUCUUCCAUCCGGAGCAGAACGUUCAGAAGCGGAAGCGCAGCUUCAAAGCGACCUCCACCCUGGUGGCUGCCAGUGAGGAGGGCGGCACUACCAAGUAGCUGGAGA